AUGCAGCCCCUUUUCGUCGGCGUCUCCAACAACGCCCAGCACCUCUAUACACUCCUCUCCUGCAUUGGAUUUGCACCCAAGGCUACCGUUCAAAUUACCCCGGAUGGGCUUCGAUUCUCGGUGGAAGAAGGCCGUGUGAUCCAAGGACUAGCUUUCCUUGACAAAUCACUUUUUACGAGCUAUACAUUCAAUCCAUCAACCGACACACAAGCCAGCCAAAACGAAACUUCCAAUGACAAUGCAUCCUCCCAACCCCAAAAUUACCCCCAUUUCGUUGUCUCUCUCUCUGCUCUUCUCGACACCCUCAAGAUUUUCGGCAUCAAUGAGCUAGAGUCAAACCGAUCUCGAGACACCAGUAUCACGCAAGCCAACCCUGCCUCAUCAAGCGCAUUCAAUGCACCCAGUCUGUUGAUGAACCGAUCCUGUACCUUGCAGUAUGCGCAGCACGGUGCCCCGCUCACCAUCGCCAUAACUGAAGCAGGAGUGAAAACCACCUGUGAACUAGUCACAUACGAGCCAGAGGAAAAUGAAGCAGAUAUUCCACUCCAGCGUGAUGCAAUCAUCAUGAAGAUUAUCAUGCGCUCAGCUUGGCUUCACAAUGCCAUCGCAGAACUAGACUCUGCAGCCCCUAACAUUCUGAAACUAUCUGCCUGCGCCACGCGCGAGCCGUACUUUGCUCUCUCGGGGGCAGGUGGUCCAUUCAGUGAAUCGACAGUUGAAUUCUCCGUUGAUCAAAAUAAUGGGAUUGUCGGCGGUACCGGUCAAGGGGCCACACAGUCCCAGAUGCACAAAGUGCUCGCAGACGAUGGUUCUUCCCGCAAUCGUGCCACCAGAGCUAAGAUUGCGCCUACUGUCACAGAAACUUUCCUCGUUUCUCCUCCAUCUUCUAUGGGAGAGCGUAUCAAACAAGGCUACCGCUUUGCACUAAUUCGCAAAGCUGCGAGGGCUAUGUCGGUUGCCAACAAAGUCAGUAUCCGCGGAGACAGACAAGGAGUGUUGAGUCUGCAAUUUAUGGUUGAGCUUGAUGACCAUAAUGUCCCUGUUGGUAGACCGGUUGGUGCUGGCGUGAAGGGACCCAAUGGCCCUGUCUGCUUCGUUGAUUUCCGUUUUGUGCCAUUGCUUGAUGAGGAGGAGGCUGAAAUAGAAUUUGAUGGAAGGGAGGAAUAG